AUGCAGCUACCCUUUCAACUCCUCUCGCUCGUCGUUGCUGCAAUCUCACCCAUAGCAGAAGCGAGUUCGCGGAUACGGAAUCCCAUAGGAGCGCUCUCGACAGUACAGAAUGCGACGAUCCACACGCAUAAUCACCGGGUCACGGCGCUGUCCAAGUUUGAUCUCACCUUCAACAUCCGCGACGACCUGUACGUCAAGUUCAAGCUCGAGCCGAACCACGACAUCCUCGCGGGCGAUGCAUCGGUGUCGUAUCUAGCACCGGACGGGCAGGUGGCGCAUAAGGAGUAUGUGGACAGGCUAGGGCAUAAAGUGUUCAAGGGGUCGUCAUGGAUAUCUCGGCCGAACGUUGGACAGAACGAGUGGAUAAGAGUCGGAUGGGCACGGGUGCUGGUUAGGGACGAUGGGAAGAGGCCGUUCUUCGAAGGGGCGUUCGCGGUGGAUCGCGAUCACCAUCAUAUUCAGAGUUCGGCGAAUUAUGCGCGGACGAAGCAUUGGCAGGAUCCGUAUGCGGAUGAGCUGGAUGAUGGGGAGGAGUAUAUGUUGAUUUGGAGGGACUCUGAUAUCCUGCCGAGCGAGCGGUUGCCGCAUGAUGAUUUGAGGAGGCGGGCUGUGAAUGAGGUGCCGUCGUGUCAGGCGGAUGGGUUGACUUUCAAUACGGAUCCGGAGCAUCCUGUGUAUCGGGGCAUGUUGGGCCUGGCGCCGAAGAAGACGUACGGGGUGAUGGACUUCUCGCACCUCUUCGGCAAGCGUCAGAUCGAUAGCACGACUGGUGGCAACAGUGGUGGCGUCAACCUUCGGAGCACCAUCGGCGACAGCACGGGAUGUCCAACGACGAACAAGGUCGCGUUGGUCGGGGUGGCGACGGAUUGCACGUAUACCGGCUCGUUCAACUCAUCGCAGACGCUGAGGGAGAACGUCAUUAAUCAGAUGAACACUGCUUCGGCGGUAUGGGAGGACUCAUUCAAGAUCUCGCUCGGUCUGCAGAACAUCACCAUUCAACCGGAGGAAUGUCCUGGCACACCACCUAAUACUGCUAUGUGGAACCAGCCUUGUACUUCCGGCGCGAAUAUUCAAGAUCGACUGAACUACUUCUCGGAGUGGCGAGGCACGCAGCAGGAUGAUAACAGUCACUGGACUUUGCUCAGUACCUGCAAUACUGGCUCUGCAGUUGGCCUUGCAUGGCUUGGACAAGCUUGUAUCAACACUGCAUACAACGCGAACAAUAGCCAGACAGGGAAUGGCCAGACUGGUGGCGGCGGGUCUGAGACCGUUACGGGAGCAAACGUUGUCAUCCGCACCCAGGGCGCCAAUGAGUGGCAGAUCAUCGCCCACGAGACCGGCCACACAUAUGGCGCCGUACACGACUGCACAUCCCAAACUUGCGCGGAUGCGGACUUCGUCAACUCGCAACAGUGCUGCCCUCUGAGCCAAAAUACUUGCGAUGCCGGCGAGCAGUACAUCAUGAACCCGUCCACAUCUCAAGGCAUCACCGACUUCAGCCCUUGCUCAAUUGGCAACAUCUGCAGCGCUAUCGGCCGCAAGUCGGUCAACACGGACUGCCUCUCUGACAAUAGGAAUAUUCAAACCUACACUGGUCAACAAUGUGGCAACGGUAUCGUCGAGCCCGGUGAAGACUGCGAUUGCGGUGGUGCCGAGGGCUGCGGCGACAACUCCUGCUGCGAACCCGAAACUUGUACAUUCAAGGAAGGCGCCGUCUGCGACGACGCCAACGAGGACUGCUGCGACCAAUGCCAGUUCAAAUCCCAAGGCACUGUCUGCCGCGCCAGCGGCGGCGACUGCGAUCCGCAAGAAGUCUGUCCCGGCGACUCGGGCGAUUGCCCAGCUGAUGACACGGCACCAGAUGGUCAGGACUGUGGUGACGGGCUGCAGUGCGCGUCCGGACAGUGCACGAGUCGCGACAUGCAGUGUAAGACGGUCAUGGGCAGCUAUACGCAAGACAACGACACGCAUGCCUGUGAUAGCCAGGGGUGUCAGAUCAGCUGCGCGAGCCCGGAGUUUGGGUAUGGGACGUGCUAUGGUCUGCAGCAGAAUUUCUUGGAUGGGACGGAGUGUGGUGGUGGCGGGCAUUGUCAGAAUGGGCAGUGUAAGGGGACUUCGUUUGGUGGAGAGGUAAAAUCGUGGAUUGAGGACCACAAGGCCGUCGUAAUAGGCGUCGCCUCCGCCGUCGGCGGCCUCCUCCUCCUCUCUAUCCUCGGCUGCCUCCGCAGCUGCUACAAGCGUCGCAAGAUGCGCAAACAACAACCGCCUCGCCCACCACCCGGCGGCUGGGCAGGCUGGCAGGCUCGAGGCCCGCAGCCUUACCCGCAGAUGGCGCAGAACCCUGGGCAUGGGUGGUAUGGUGGCAGUGGUGGGAGUUCGCAGCCCGUAAUGAGUGGAGCAAGAUCAGGGCCAGGGGGUUGGGACACGCCGCCUCCGCCGCCGCCGGCUUAUGCUGGACGGCCGAUGUAUGGUUGA